GUCUCUCGGGUCAGGGACCGCCUGCUGAGGAGGCCUCAAAGCCACCUUCAGCCCUUUGGGCUCCUCUUGGAGAACGGAUCCCGAACUCUGUCCGUUCUGGAGGUCAGCCCUGCUCAGACAAGCCAGUCCCUGCUGCUCCACCCCUGGGUCCUUAUCGCAGAGGCUGGCCUCCUUAAUCCCACUGCUGGCCACAUUCUGGGCCCACAUGGACGACAGCUUCAGCUUGGACUUCUUGGAGUGAUUCUUCCCCAUCUCUGCAGCUCCCGUCUGCCUGUCCCCUCCCCCGGGCUCGCUGCUCAGAGGCUGACUGGCAGCUUUUGGUUCGGGGGCCUGAGGACCGGGGGACCGGCUCCCCAGUUCAUGUUUUGCGCCACUCGGGCCCCGAUCUGGCUUGCUCCUGUCCGGGUUGGCUUUCUCCUCCCCGUCUUUGGCUGUCUCAGAUUCUUGCGUUGCUUCAGAUUGGACAUUGCCCAUUAUAUACAGUCAUCCUAGGAACAGAAGGAUAGAAGGUUCCCAGCAUUCAGUGACCUCAAGAUGAAGCACUUGGAGGCUGCUCAAAACCAGCUUUGCAAGAGGAGUCUGAUUCAGAUGAUCAGGGCCGCCGUUUACAGCAAUCGACUCUCAAGGCUGCUGCUCCACUCUGCUGGCUCUGGUUUGCUUCUGUGUCAGAGCCAUGGAUAGAUGAAUGACAUUUCCUCCAGUUACAUGGUUCGGGUGCGGGCUGUGGUGAUGAUCCGAGACGACUCGAGCGGGGGUUGGGUGCCCAUGGGCGGCGGGGGCCUGAGCCUCGUGAUGAUCUGCAAAGUCCGGCACCCAGAAGAAGGCCGCCGCCAAUACCUGAUCAGCGGGGAGCGCCUCCGGGACCAGACGACCAUCUUGGAGUGCACACUGAAGAGGGACCUUGUCUAUAACAAGGUGAACCCCAUUUUCCACCACUGGAAAAUGGGGGACAGCAAGUUUGGCCUGACCUUCCAGAGCCCGGCGGAUGCCGUGGCCUUCGAAAGAGGAGUGCAAGCUGCCAUGGAGGAGAUUGCUGAAGGUUCCCUCUCGCCUUCCUCCUCCUCCUCCUCCUCCUCACAGGACGAAGCGGAUGAGACAGACGAAGCUCUGGCAGUACAUACAGACAGCGAGUCCUCAUCAAACAGCCGGAAGGAAAUGCUCCCCAAACCCAUCACCAUCGUGACCAGUGAGUCCUCUUCCAGCUGCUAUAUCCGGUCCCCUGUUUCCGAAGAGUUCUCUUUCAGCACCGCGCAGGGUGCAACGUCAGCGGGACUGGUACAAGCUCAGCCCUUGCAACAGCUGAGCCUCCCGGACGAAGAGGAGCUGGAGAGCAUCACCCCCUGCAAAGACCUCUGGGUAACCAAAGGCUACGAGGAUUACCGCCGAGCCGUGGUUCAGAAGCGCCAGUUGGACCCGGACAAGAUUGACAUGUGUGUGCACUUUGAGAAGGGGGGCGGGGGCAAGUCUCCCCGGGAGAAGGAGUAUUGCUUCCCACCUGGGGCUGAAGGGCGGCUCAAGGACCCGAAGGCCUCUCCCUCCUGCCGGAUCCAUGGCGCCCCGUCACCCCCCCAACACAAGGCCCUGAAGGAGCAGCAGCAGCAGCCGCCGCCAGGGAUUUCGGGAGUCGAGGAGGACACAGUGCCCUCUCGCUGCGUCUACUGCCGGGACGUCUUUAACCAUGAGGAAAAUGGGCGCGGGCAGUGCCAGGAUGCGCCUGACCCUAUUGGCCGCUGCGUCUACCAGUUCACGUGUAUGUGGUGCGCAGAGAGCAUGCUCUACCACUGUAUGUCAGACUCGGAAGGGGAGUAUUCGGACCCUUGCUCCUGCGACACGGGCCACCCGCAUUUCUGUAUCCGCUGGAUGGCGCUGGUCACCCUCUCCCUCGUCGUCCCGUGCAUGUGCUGCUACUUGCCCCUCCAUGCCUGCCACUGGUGCGGCGAGCAUUGUGGCUGCUGUGGCGGGAAGCACAAGGCUGUCCGGUGAGUCAGGCAGAAUCCGAUGCUGGGCACUCCGUUUCGUCCACUGGGACAGCAGGCAAAACACCAGGCGGCUUUCGUUUCGACAAAGCUGGAGGCUUGCUGGAGAUCUGGCACUCCGAUCUCUCGCCACUCUGAUCUCCCUCUCCCUCUUUCUCUCUCUCUCUCUCUCUUUCCCCUCUCCCCUGGCACCUCUUUUUUGGAAAGAGGGCAUUGUGUUCCAAGACCGGUCAGUGGAAUUUCUGUUUUGUUUUGUUUUUUUCCCGUUUUGCAAACUGGGGCCCAUUUUAUAGCAAAGGUUUAAAAAAAAAAAAAAGGACAAGAGAAAUGGAGAAGGGAAAAGAUCAAGAUGAUAGAGUUGGCAAUGUUUCGCGAGCUUAGAUGUUCUAGGAAAAGUCUCAAGCUACUACUCCCCUCCCAUUUGUGUUAAGGAAAAGAAAUAUAUUAAUCGGGGAGAAUGGGGGAUUUUAGUGCACAGGAAGGAAGGGGACCCACAGCUCCUAUUAACUUGUAUCCAUAUUUUAACAUGUGAAUCCAUGACAUCUAGCAUCUAGAAUCCAUGACAUCUAGCGGCGCGGGGUAGUUCAUUGCAGGCUCUGCUGUUGGCAGAGUUGCUACCACAUUUAAGUUAAUUGUAAUCCAGGCCUGCUCAACUUGGACUCCGCCAAGCUGGACGGGACCCACCAGCCGGGUGUGUAUCAGGGUACCCCACGUGCUCAGCAACCCCCCUCUUUUUGCAGUCCCAGGCAGGCAGGAAAGCGAGCCAAGAGGGUGUGUUGUUUUUUUAAAUCUCUCUGGCAGGCCACUGUAGGUGGCAGGUGGGUCUCAUGCCACUUGGUGGGUCCUAAGCCUCUGCUCUCCUCCACCAUGGCGCCCUGCCCCAAACUCUUCACCUAGUACCCAUCUUUCUUUUUAAAGGUUUCAUGAGUGAGUUAUCCUGGGGUGUGCAACUCUCCACUAAAAAUGGGUCUACAUCAGGAAUCUCCAAGCCUGGGUCCCCAGACGUUGCUGGAUGACAACUCCCACCAUCUUCAGCCACAGUAAUGAGGGAUGGUGGGAACUCGAGUCCAGCAACAUCUGGGGACCCAAGGCAGAGAACCAUGCCCUAGGUUUUUGUCAGCUCUUUGGGAAUCAGAUCCCAAAAUAAGAGGCUGACCAGAUUUCACACCUGGUUUUCCGGGCCUUGCAUUUGUUUUUGGGGUGUUUUUAAAAAAAGAAAAGAAAGUGGAGAAAAGCAUGGAACCAUGUGAACUUGGUAUGUUAAACCUGAGCUUGGGGGAGAAGGAGGACUUUUGAAGGCCCAGGACUUGGCCUAUAUAGUCAUCAUUGUUCUCCCCUUGUUACCUGGCUUCUCCAAGAUAGGGCUGAGAGAGAUUCCUGCCUGCAGCCUUAGAGAAGCCGCUGCCAGUCUGUGAAGACAAUACUGAGCUAGAUAGACCAAUGGUCUGACUUAGUAUAUGGCAGCUUCCUAUGUUCCUACCCUUCUCGGGACCUCUAACCAUCCAUUCCCAUGCUCUUCUUUUUUUUGUUCUCCCAGUCCUUGCAAAUAAAAAAAUAAAAAUCCAAUUUUUUUUUUAGUAACCCAAAUCUUUGAAAUUGCAGGAAAUGUGCAAAAAUAAUUCCACAUAAGCCAAUUGCUAUGGUUUGCAUAAUUAAUUCACAUUGUUUUCAGAGCUUGGUCCAAAAUAGACACUGCUGUGUUUAAAGUCCAGGCAUAAGAAUCCACACUCUGAGGCCUUUUGUAAAUGUUUUUUUUAACAACUGGAUUUUCUCAAAACUUAAUACUAUGUGAGCUUAAUACUACAUGAACCUCCCAUUCUCCUGGCGGGGGGAGGUUUUUUUGAAAUUUAUUUGGAAAGACUCCAAACUUCUAAAUUGCUGGUUUUGUAACAGGAAAUUUCAAGGAGGUUAAUUAUUUUUUUGUAGAAAAGGGUUUCACUUCUCCAUGUUUGUAUCUUCACUGUGGGAACCCCAAAAAGGAGUAAAAUAAGAAUCUGAUGGCCUCAGGUUUUUUAGGCUAUGGUGAAGCAUUAACAAUGAGUCAAACCCAUAUCUUUUCCUUUAAUUUCUGCUCACACAGAAUAAAACCAAGACAUCAUAUACCGACAGGAUUUAAGAUGAUCUCUGUAAUAUUCGAAGCUUUAAGGAAUGUGAAAAGGGAAACACAAAUCAAUGCAUUUGCUGCUUUGCUUUCAGCAUUAGUUUUUCGGGUGCAUUAUGAGUCAUGCAAUCACCAAAGAGGAAGAUCACCGUAGGGGAGAAUGAGAUUGGAAUUACAUUUCCCAAUGUGCAUUUGCAUUGGCUAACCUGAGGCUUUCCAGCUGCUGUUGGACAGUAGCUUCCCCAUACAUGGUUUGUUGUGGCUGGGGAUGAUGAGAGUUGUAGUACAACAGCUGGAAAGCCUCAGGUUGGUCACUCCUGGCAUACCAUAUUACCUUUAAUAUACACAAAAUGAAAAUGCUUUGAGAGGGGAUGUUCUCACGCCUAGAGAAAUGGCCUAGGAUAAAUAUGGUUUGUUGCAGAAUAUGGCAGUGUUCUUUUAAUGAGGGUGCUUACACAGACAGGGUUCGGUUUACAGGGUACGUGGCUGCCUUUGCCCGCUCCGUGUGUGUGUGUGUGUGUGUGUGUGUGUGUGUGUGUGUGUGUGUGUUUACACCUUUAGGGUGAUUUAAUUCUGAGGCUGAGCUGGAGAAAACUUGUAGCUUCAUUGAAAUAGAUGGUUAAUAUGCCAAAUGAUAAGGAGAGAUAUCUCCUACUUCCCAGGGUUUUUAUAGGGGAAGGAUGACCCUCCCCAGCACCCGAGUUCCUGAGAGGAAGGGUGGGAUAUAAAUAACACAGGGGCCUUGGCAGUAUCGACCAGUGAUUCAUUUCCUCCCCAUCAAAUAUUGAUGGUUUGUGUGUGGGUUUUUUUGGGUUUUUUUAAUGUGUUGCCUUUGGUCACUCCUGCUGUUCUGUUUUGAUAGCCAUUUCAAGAAUCCGAACUGCUUCUUCCAUCAUGCUUAUCACACGGCAGUUCUAAACACAGUUACCUGGAAGAUAACCCUCAUUGAGGCUUACUGUACCUCUGUGUAAACCUGUUUAGGAUCAAGGGAAGGCUGGCCCAAGGCAUUUUGGUAACUGAAGCAGAGCAUCUUAAGAGGGUCGGGAGAGCUGGACAGUUGUUGGGGCCCUAAAAUCAGCAGAGGUGCUCACCUGCCCAACAUCAUCUAGGAAUACAGGAAGCUGCCUUCGACUGAGUCAGACCUUUGGUCCAUCUAGCUCAGUAUUGUCUACACUGAUUGGCAGUGGCUCUCCGAGAUUCAAGCAGGAGUUUUUCCAAGCCCUAACAGAAGAUGCCAGGGACCUUGUGCAUGCAAAGCAGAUUCUCUUCCACUGAGCUAUGGCCUGUCCCCUAUAUCUCUGUGUACAUGAGCAUCCUGUGGAAGCCAGAGGGAGCAAGAGAAACUGCUUAUUUGGCAUGCCCUGCCUCUUAUUAAUUAAUAAUUAUGGAUUAUCCAUGCAUCAAAGACUAUAGUGCUUCGUUAAGUAACCACAAGGCAGAUCUGUGUCCCGAGGAAAUUACAAUUGAAGAUCUGGCACACAGGCUAAGGGGGAGGUUUACCUUUCUUGCUGGUUCCCCAAGUGGGAAUGAACAGCGUGGCAAAUGCACCCAACCUCCCACCAGUGUGGCAUAAUCCACCAGGAAAUUAUCCUGCACAAUGAAAGGAAUGCACAAGAACACAAUCGGGCUUGUGUGAGAGGCUUCCAGCAGGCUGUGCCCCAUUUUUUUAGUAACCCAAAUCUUUCAAACUACAGGAAAUGUGCAAAAAUAAUUCCACACAAGCAAUGUUCUAAUUUUUUUCAUCUGUGUGCGGAAUGAGUUUUGUUCUGGGCAGCAGUAUCAAGGCACUGUGUGCGCACAUGCAUUCAGAGUGAGGCCUUCCUAAUUCAACCUGAGCGGGAUGUAAAAUUAACUGAGCAGACAUCAAAAAACUUGUGAGCGCACGCAUGUGCGGACGCCUUAGAGGGAACACUGCACACAAGCCAAUUGCUAUGGUUUGCAUAAUUAAUUCACAUUGCAGAAUGUGGAUUUCUUUGGUGCAAAACUGGAUGGUCCUGUUUUCAGAGCUUGGUCCAAAAUAUAUACUGCUGUGUUUAAAGUCCAGGCAUAAGAAUCCACACUCUGAGGCCUUUUGUAAAUGUUUUAAAAAACAAACAAACUGCAACAGCACCCACAAUCUGCCACUGGAGGUAACCACCUCCCUUUUGCCUCGUAGUCCAGAUUUUGGCUUGUGGAUCUGGACAGGGCUCCUGCAGCCUUUCUCAGCUCUGUCAUUUCUUAUUUAAAAAGCCAAACUGUAUGGGUCUGGAGUCCUUGGAAGUGUGUGCAUGGGCCUUACACUUUGCACUAUAACUAUGCCACUCACAGAGGCAGCACAGGUGGGAACACGAACCCAGGAACAGGAAGGCAAGGACGGUGCAUCCAGGAACAUUGUAAAUUGUUGCCCGAGGUGGUUUUCAUUCUAUUUUAUAUAUUUAAUAAUAAAGGGAGGUUUGAAGGUAACCAAAAUGGAAGGGGGCAGGGGGAAGGAGGUUGCUUUUACAAGCAUAAUCAUUUUGUUUUAUUUUGUGGUUGCUAAUCUGAUUUUUUCCCUGUUUUAAGUAUUUUAUCAGAUUUGUAUAUUCAAUAUUGUAAUUUAUGUGUAUUUAAGAAGAAACAGGUACAGAGGACACUGGAAGAGAAAUGUUCUAUUAUUUAAUAAUGUAUGUUGUAAAUUAAAAACAUAACAAAACAUAGAAA